AUGGCGGAUGCGACCACCGAUUCGGUUUUCGCUUCAACUUUGGCUUCUGCUAUGGCUGUGACUAAGGCAGAGUCAAAGUCUAGGCCUGUGUCACCGGCUGAGUCUUUGGCUUCGGCUUCGGCUGUGAAUAUGACACCUGUGGAGGAAGUAUCUUCUGAUACAUCCGAAGAGGUCGUCAGAGUCCGAAAGCCUAAAAAGGCCAGCUCGAAGGCCGAGGAUAAGCAGUCUGAGAGGCAUCAUCGCUCUCGCCGCCGCCUUCUCCAGCGCCAACAAGUCAACGAAGAAGAGCGCCGAGCAGCCCGCCUCGUUAGACGCCGUAAGAGCAGCUUCGCCAUUUAUUUUCCGAAGGUGCUGAAGAACGUCCAUGAGGACCUCACCCUUUCGCAAAGGGCCGUGAGCAUCCUAGAUUCAUUCGUGAAGGAUAUGUUUGAGAGAAUCGCUUCUGAAGCAAGGCUCUUGGCCUGUCGAACCAAAAGCCCGACUAUCAACUCCAGAGAGAUCCAGACCGCUGUUCGUCUUCUGCUUCCUGGCAAGAUGUGCAAGCGAGCGGUGGCGAAAGCCACCAUGGCCAUGAUCCGGUACAUUUCCAGCGAGUGA